UUCAACAAUACAUCAAGAAUUUACCGCUACAGACUUGACCCUUCAUCAAGUGAAGUGCCAACUUCAGAAACUAAGUCUGAAGGGUUGCCAAAGUCCUGUCCAUGGCCCCGCCAGGUGCAUUCUGAUCACGCUGCCUCUACAACGUAGGUUCAGAGCUAACUCCUGCCUUAGAGGCCAUCUUGUUGUCCCCCACCCCUAUCCCACCAUUUGAUAGAUGAGGACUUGGAAGUGCAGAGAUGAAGGAACUUGACAAUUGGUCAUACUGAGUGGCAAUGGCGCGAUUUGCAGACUACAAAACCAGCGCUGUCUCAAAGAAACCUCACAACUAAAAAAAGACUGGCGGUAAAACUUCUGUAGACAUGGCUAGUUCUGACAUGAAACCAAAAUCAAUAAGUCGCGCCAAAAAAUGGUCAGAUGAGAUAGAGAAUCUGUACAGAUUUCAGCAAGCAGGAUAUCGGGAUGAAAUUGAAUAUAAACAAGUGAAGCAAGUCGCUAUGGUAGAUCGUUGGCCAGAGACAGGCUAUGUGAAGAAGCUUCAGAGAAGAGAUAAUACUUUCUAUUACUAUAAUAAACAGAGGGAAUGUGAAGACAAGGAGGUUCAUAAAGUUAAAAUUUAUGCUUAUUAGCAUUUCUUCCUUGUGUGUUUUGUUAUUUAUUUUAAAAAACCACUGAAUUUCAUGCUAUAACAUGUAAAAUGUAUGUCAUAUUACCAACUGUACUCUUCACUUAAAUACUUUGUAACUUAAAAGUAAUGAAACUAAGCUUUCUUUUUUAAGUCACCUUGCCCCACAGUUUAAAAUAGCUGAUAGAUAAAUGAAUAAAUAAAAUGUCAUCUUCUAAAAAUAAAGCAGGAGAAAAUUG